AUGGCCAAGCAACGCAACGAGCAGCUGCACAAGAAACUGGAGGAGCUGGAAGCUAUCAAGAGAGAGAUGACCGUGCAGCUGGACCGCUUCCGCCUCAACGAACAAUAUCCUUCUCUUCCUAUCUAUUUGUUGCAGUAG